AGAGGGAGGCUCAAGGGCUAAGAAAACCAUUGGUGGAAUUGCAGCUAAUUCACAGUGGGUGGGAAUGACAGCAUCCCGGUUUCCGGUUCCGGCAGUACCAGGAUCCCAGUCGAGAUGGAGGAAGAUGCGAACCGAGUCUGGCUGUCACUGGGAAUGGAGGGUAGUGCGGGGACUGCGGUCUAGGAAUUCAGGGCUGGAGUUCUCAGACGCGGCCGAACCACCGGGGUCUGAGAAGGUAAGCAACAGCGGUGCUUGGGUGCCUUGAGGGGUAGGAGGUACCUAAGGAUCGACUUGUCGAGGAGGCAGCGGAUGUCUGCUCUGCGGGGCUACAUCGCCAUGGGAAGCCGCCUUGCAAAUUUGGCUACGAAAGGCAAGUCCGGCGAGGCGUCUCUUCCUGACAUGGGAGCAUGAGAGGCUGACGACCAGAGAAGCAUGGCGAGGGGCAUACCCAAGGAUCCUGAAUUGGCGGUGCAAGAGCCGGACCGAAGGUCUUUGGGCACAAUGGAGGACAAGAGAAACAUCCAGAUCAUCGAGUGGGAACACCUGGACAAGAAGAAGUUCUAUGUGUUUGGUGUGGCGAUGACCAUGAUGAUCCGGGUUAGCGUGUACCCCUUCACCCUCAUCCGCACCCGGCUGCAGGUUCAGAAGGGCAGGAGCCUCUACCAUGGGACUUUUGAUGCCUUUGUCAAGAUCCUGCGAGCCGAGGGAGUGACUGGCCUCUACCGGGGGUUCCUGGUCAACACCUUCACACUCAUCUCUGGCCAGUGCUACGUCACCACUUAUGAGCUUACCCGGAAGUUUGUAUCCGACUACAGCCAGAGUAACACAGUCAAAUCACUGGUAGCUGGCGGCUCCGCCUCCCUGGUGGCCCAGAGCAUCACCGUGCCCAUCGACGUAGUCUCUCAGCACCUGAUGAUGCAGCGCAAGGGGGAGAAAAUGGGUCGCUUCCAAGUUCGGGGGAACCUAGAAGGACAAGGGCUAAUUGCCUUUGGCCAAACUAAGGACAUCAUCAGGCAGAUCCUGCGGGCUGAUGGGCUUCGUGGCUUCUACCGAGGCUACGUGGCCUCACUACUGACAUACAUCCCAAACAGUGCUGUAUGGUGGCCCUUUUAUCACUUCUAUGCAGAGCAGCUGUCGCACCUGUGUCCUCAGGAGUGUCCUCACAUUGUCUUCCAAGCCAUCUCUGGGCCCCUGGCUGCAGCCACUGCCUCCAUCCUCACCAAUCCCAUGGACGUCAUCCGAACCCGUGUGCAGGUUGAAGGCAAGAGCUCCAUCAUCCUGACCUUCAGACAGCUGAUGGCAGAAGAGGGGCCUUGGGGCCUCAUGAAGGGCCUCUCGGCCCGAAUCAUCUCGGCUACACCCUCCACCAUCGUCAUUGUGGUGGGUUAUGAGAGCCUCAAGAAACUCAGCCUCCGACCUGAGCUGGUGGACUCAAGACACUGGUAGACAGUGGUGGACAAAGAGGCUGUGGUUUCACACAUUAUUCUGGGCCAGGGUAGAGCAGGGAGGUUAGUACCCUUGUGAAUGCCACCAUGAAUACCCAUCCUGCUCCCUGACAGGUGACCUAUCUGGGACAAGAGAAGAAACUCUGGACGGGUCCUGCUGCAGAAGUUCUGUGCCUGGCUUCCCUGUUCCCAGUAACUUUAUUUCUCCUGCAGAUCUGGGCCCCUCACUAGGUCCUUGUACUCAGUCAUGGCCUGAAGGUCAACCUCCACGGGACCCUGUGGACCCUGUCAGCCCCUCACUGGUGCCCCUUUCUCUGUGUCUGUCCCUCGGGACUGGAGAAGAACUGCUAUAGAGUUUGCUUGUCCCCUGCUUCUUCCUCUUGAGUCUUUAAGCCAAGGCUCUAAGCAAAACUACCCAUGAUUUAUUUUUUAUGCUUGCUUAUUUUAAAUUUGGGACCUGAGUUGUCCACUGGACUACUAUGCUUUGCCCUGCCUUUUGGGGACAAAAGGUAGUAGCAAACACUCUUCUCUAGGAGUUACCAGGAGGGAGAAAUGCCAAGGCUUUACUUGUGUGUAUAUUUGGACGUCUGUGAACCAGACAACUAACUCUGAGAGCAUCAGGCCUGCUGUCAGAACCCACUCCUUGCAGAAGUGGAAAACUGUGAUGUCCAUCCCCAUUCUUUAUCCCUUCCCUGUCCCUUCAGGCCUGGGAACCUGAAGACUAGGAUGGGCUGUUGGCCUCCGUUGGCCCAGGAGACUACAAUGGAGGCCACAGUUCAAAGUGGAUCAGACUUACUGGAGUACACUGGACUUGGAACAUUGCCCUAAAGCCAGGUUGAGAGAGCCACUGGCUUGGAAAGUUAUGAGAGAGUGUGUGCUCCUCACUGUUAUCUCCUCAGGCUAGCUGAGCCAAGCCCAGGAGGCAGCAGUGGAGGUUCUGAGCCCCAGGCAACAAUGCCACACACAUAACAUGUCACUCAGAUGAAUAGCAACAGGUGUCUCACAGUGGGACUCUGGAAUAUGAACUGUCCUUGUUUUUCUUGUCCUUGGUUGUGAAGUGUCAUCCCAGUCAUGGUACCCUGUGCUGGCAACAGUAAGAAGAAUAGUCAGGAAGGCACCCAAGGCCAGGCCCACUGCAGUUACCAGCCUCAUACUGCCAAAAUCGUUGCUGCUGCCGCAGGAGCCCCUUCCCUGCCUCCACCAAGCCUGUGCAGGAGGUGGAGAGGCAUGGCACUUGGAUGGAAGAAGGCAGUCAUAUCUUGACUUCCUGCUUAUGAUGACGGCCUGGAUGAUGCUUUCAACCUUUUGUAGUGGUCCCAUGCCUUGGGAAAUGCCAUGGUGCCAAUUUGGAAGGUGCUAGCUAAAUGAAGCCUUCGUGUUUCUCACUGCUGCUCCACAUUCCCCCAUCCUGACCUUUGAACCCUUUGCUUUCAUUUGUCUCCGUGUAGUAGUUGUUUUGAGACAGGGUCUCAGACAUGUCCUAGGCUGGGUUUGAUUCUCUAUGUAGCAGGGGAUGACUUUGAACUCUUGAUUCUCCACCACCUCCUGAGUUCUGGGUUUACAGUACCCUGCCAGGGCUCACUUCCUGCACUUUAUUGAGAGACUCCUCCAAUUUUGUCCACAAUCAUCCGAAGGGUACAGCCCACAGUAAAUUUUGAAAUUUUUUAAAGAUUUUAUUUAUUUAUUAAUUAUGUAUACAACAUUCUGCUUCCAUGUAUAUCUGCACACCAGAAGAGGGAACCAGAUCUCAUAACGGAUGGUGGUGAGCCACCAUGUGGUUGCUGGGAAUUGAACUCAGGACCUCUGGAAGAGCAGCCAGUGCUCUUAACCUCUGAGCCAUCUCUCCAGGCCAAAUUUUGAAAUUUUUGCCCCCUCUACCUUAAGAACUGUCAAUACAAUGGAAGCAAGGACUCCUCUCAAGUUUUUCCUAUAACAACCUUUGCCCCCAUAUUUGUCUCUCUCGUCUUUCUUUGGUCCAACCUUACUGGGGCGAUGUGUGGACCGCACAAGAGGUCCCCGCCUUUCAUGCCUUAGGUUAUUUCUCCUCCUGACUUCUUGUACGGUGUUAAAGUCUCCCUCUCCUGCCCCUUCCCCCCCAUUCCUCUGUUCCCCUCUAGUUUGAAAGGACAAUGCUCGUAAAGGUAAAGGGACCCCUCUCCUGACCCCUACUUUCCCAAGGUCAGGGGCUAGGAUUGGCCUUGGUGACGAUGGGCAAGUGGGCGCCCGUUUUUCCAAAACUGGAGAGCAAGACAGCCAGAAAUUUUAACCUGUUGGUCCGUAACCUAAUUAUGAAACUUUAGAAAAGACAGGAAAACUGGAGGGACAUGGGAAAGAAAAUGCACUUAAGCAUUUGGUAAGAAUGGACUUUUGAGGAUAUUAGCUGCGAAUAUUCACUGUUGCACUGUAUGAAAUCUUUGAAAUGUAAUUAAAAGUUUUUAUUGAACCCCUAA